AUGGAGCCACUUGUUGCACUACUGCAUCUGGUAAUGGCCAUCAUGACUUUCUCUAAAGCUAAUGAGACUUUCUGUACUCUGCGUGGAGAGCCUGCAUACCCUCCGUUAUGGAAAGAUGGAGACAUCAUACUUGGAGGGGUUUUCUCAUUCCAUAGCAGCUGGGAGGUCAGACAGCUAACAUAUUCAGUUACCCCACCUCCACUGAAGUGUGUCAGUCUUAAUUUCAGAGACUUCCAGUAUGCACAGUCCAUGCUCUUCGCUAUAGAGGAAAUUAAUAACAGCUCCAGCUUGCUGCCUGGGGUCUCAUUAGGCUACAAGAUCUAUGAUACAUGUGGCUCUGUGGCAGUAGGCGUUCGAUCAGCUAUGGCUCUUGCUAAUGGGCAUGAGAAAACCUCUGUUGAAGGGCCCUGCACAAAGCAAGCUGAGGUGCAAGCCAUUAUAGGGGACACAACAUCAUCAGCAUGCAUGGCAAUAGCAAAGAGUGUUGGACCAUUCAAGCUUCCAGUGAUCAGUCACUAUGCUACUUGUGAGUGUCUCAGUGACAAAAUCAAGUAUCCUUCAUUUCUUCGAACUAUUGCAAGUGACCACUACCAGAGCAGAGCACUGGCAGAACUGGUCAGACACCUUGGGUGGACCUGGGUGGGAGCCUUAAGAACGGAUGACGAUUAUGGUAACAGUGGGAUGGCCACUUUCACUAAGGUGGCAGAGCAGAUGGGUAUCUGUUUGGAAUAUUCUCUUCCGUUUUUCAGAACCUACCCUGAAGACAAAGUAAUGAGAAUAUUUGAGCAGAUAAAAAGCUCUACUUCUCGAGUGAUUGUGGGAUUUCUUGCCCACUGGGACUUGGAAGUUCUGCUGCAUAAAUUUGUUGAACACAACAUCACAGGAUACCAGUGGGUAGGUACGGAGGCAUGGAUCUCUGAUUCAGUAAUUGCCAGUAUGGAUAAGCACCACAUUCUACAAGGGGCCAUUGGGCUGGCUAUACCCAAAACACAGGUGACAGGUCUAAAGGAGUUCAUUCUAGACAUUAAGUCACUGAAGUCUUCAGGAAGUGCCAUAUUUACUGAAGUCUGGGAAGAACUGUUUCAGUGUCAAUACUCCACAGAGAAUGAUUCAGUUUCCACAACUGCAUGUACAGGCAAUGAGGAGCUGUCUCAGAUGCAAAACACAUUCACAGACAUGUCACUCAUGCCCAUCUUCAGUAAUGUGUACAAAGGAGUGUAUGCUGUUGCUCAUACACUUCAUGAUCUUCUGGGCUGCAAGGACAAAUGUGCCACAAAGAAACAGUCUGAUCCUUCAACAUUUCUGAAGCACCUGAAAAAAGUGCGUUUCAAAACCAAAGAUGGUGAGGAGGUUUACUUCGAUGAGAAUGGUGACCCUGUGGCAAAGUAUGAAAUAAUAAAUUGGCAACCAAGUGAAAAAGAACACUACGAGUUUGUCACUGUUGGGCUUUAUGAUGCUUCUUUCCUGGGGAUGGAUCGUUUAGCUGUCAAAAUGGCUUCAAUUUUAUGGGCAAAUAAUUCAACAAAGGUACCUGUGUCUUUGUGCAGUGAAAGCUGUCCUCAAGGCACUAGGAAGGCUGUGCAAAAAGGAAAACCUUUAUGUUGUUAUGACUGUAUACCAUGUACAGAAGGAGAGAUCAGUAACGCUACAGAUUCUAUAACAUGUCUGCGGUGCAAUCAAGACUUCUGGUCAAAUCAGCAAAAGGAUGGAUGUGUUGAGAAGGAAACUGAAUUUUUGUCUUAUGAGGAGAUCAUGGGAAUUUUGCUCACAACCAUAUCAACUGUUGGUGCAUUUUUAACAAUGAUAAUUGCAAUCAUAUUCUUUAGAUAUAAAAACACAGCAAUAGUUAAAGCCAAUAACUCAGAGCUGAGCUUUUUGCUACUGUUUUCACUGAUGUUAUGUUUUCUCUGUUCACUUACUUUUAUUGGUCAGCCUUCUGAUUGGUCCUGUAUGUUGCGUCACACAGCAUUUGGUAUCACUUUUGUCCUCUGUAUCUCAUGUGUACUGGGGAAGACAAUAGUGGUGUUAAUGGCCUUCAGGGCUACACUUCCAGGCAGUAAUGUCAUGAAAUGGUUUGGGCCUGCUCAACAGAGACUCAGUGUUCUUGGUUUCACUCUCAUUCAAGUUCUUAUUUGUAUACUUUGGUUAACAAUUUCUCCCCCUUUUCCCUUUAAAAAUCUAAAUUAUUUCAAAGAAAAGAUCAUUUUAGAGUGUAAUGUGGGCUCAGCUAUAGGUUUCUGGGCUGUGUUGGGUUAUAUUGGACUCCUUGCUAUUCUAUGUUUCUUUUUGGCUUUUCUGGCUCGGAAACUUCCUGAUAACUUUAAUGAAGCCAAAUUCAUCACAUUUAGUAUGCUUAUUUUCUGUUCUGUAUGGAUUGCUUUUAUUCCAGCUUAUGUCAGUUCUCCUGGAAAAUUCACUGUGGCAGUGGAGAUAUUUGCCAUUUUAGCCUCUACCUAUGGAAUGUUAUUUUGUAUCUUCAUUCCUAAAUGCUAUAUUAUUUUAUGGAAACCAGACAAGAACUCCAAAAAACAUUUGAUGGGCAAAGUACCCUCAAGAUCUAUGCAGGUCAUGACUGAGCUGAUCGAAGGCUUCCCUGAGUUCAGUCUCCCCGCCCUUGAAGUUAUUGCCCUGAUCAAAGAUCCAUACUUUCCUGCGGAGCUCAGCAAACACAAGCUUGAGUCCAGGGAGGCACUCGCCGGGGGAGAGUCAUUCUGCUCAGCUGCUCCAUGUAGCUCUCGAGCCUCUACCAUGUCCUCCCACCUAUCGUACUUCCUCUCAUCAGAAGCAGAAGGUCUCAGUAAUGAUUCCACAGAACGAGCUCCCUUUCAGCUCAGUGGUGUCCUCAGUUUCGGAAAGGUGCAGGGUGCCUAUGGAGGCCUUAUAGCAGCAGGACUCGGAAUGCAGCCAAUGGAGGAGGUUCAUGGAAUCUGUCCAGCAAGUGACUCGUCUGAUUUCCAGAGUGAGCUCCUCUGCGAGCAGUUUCACCAGCUGUACUCCUGUCAGGGCUGCGCAGAGCUCCAACCUGGGAGGACCCCUAGGAUUGAAGGACUCAACAUAGGGCCAGCGGUAGGGCAGAACAUCGACUUGCCACAGCCUUUCUACAUCCUUCCGCAACACAAGAUCAGCAGGAGUGGACAGAAGGCUUUAGGCGCUGCUUUGGUGGCCCUCGAACUGACUGAGAGAACUACAGGGCCUGUUGUGGCAGGUGGCUUAAUGGGGCUAGCAUCUGCUCCAUGGAGAACUGUGGAUGACCGUCUAGCAAGGGCUCUGACUCUCCUGCGGUCUGCCUGGGGCUCUGACUUUCAGGGAUGUGGGCCUCACUGCUCUGGCACCAUGACUCAUACUGCAGCCAUUCUGAGAAGUCUAGGAGGUUGUAAACUGCCCCAGGACAGCAAUGAAGUGUCACAGAUGAGAAGCACACACAUCUCUGAAGCUCUAAUGCAGUUGCCUGUGUCCGUGUGCAGUGAGAGCUGCCUCCCGGGCACUAGGAAGGCUAUUCAGAAAGGAAGGCCUGUCUGCUGUUAUGACUGCAUUCCAUGUGCAGAGGGAGAAAUCAGUAAUAAGACAGAUUCUAGUGACUGCUUUCCUUGUGAUUUGGAGUAUUGGUCAAAUGAAAACAAAGACAGAUGUAUAUUAAAAGUGGUUGAAUUCCUUUCCUAUACAGAAAUCAUGGGGACCUUGCUUUCUAUUUUUUCAUCCAUUGGGACAUUAUUAACGACUAUUGUAUCUUUUCUGUUCUAUCUUCAUAAAGAAACACCUGUUGUCAGAGCCAGCAACUCAGAGCUGAGCUUUCUGCUGCUCUUCUCAUUGACUCUGUGUUUUCUCUGUUCACUUACUUUCAUUGGUCGGCCCACUGAGUGGUCCUGUAUGUUGCGUCACACAGCGUCUUGGAUCACAUUUGUCCUCUGUGUCUCCUGUGUUCUGGGGAAAACAGUAGUGGUGUUAAUGGCCUUUAAGGCCAUUGCAGGAAGCAUUGUCAUAAAAUGGUUUGGGCCCAUGCAGCAAAGACUAUGCAUUUUUUCCUUAACUUCAAUUCAGGUGAUUAUCUGUGUGCUUUGGUUAACGAUAUCCCCUCCAUUCCCAUAUAUGAAUCUGAAGCAUUACAGAGAAAAGAUCAUUCUAGAAUGCAGUUUAGGCUCAGCUUUUGGUUUCUGGGGUGUGCUGGGUUAAAUUGGUCUUCUAGCUUCCCUUUGCUUUAUUUGAGCUUUUCUAGCUCGGAAGCUCCCUGAUAACGUCAGUGAGGCUAAAUUCAUCACAUUCAGUAUGCUCAUAUUCUGUGCUGUUUGGAUCACAUUUAUUCCAGCUUAUGUCAGUUCCCCUGGAAAAUUCACUGUAGCUGUGGAGAUAUUUGCUAUUUUAGCUUCAAGCUUUGGUUUACUAUUUUGCAUAUUUGCUCCAAAAUGUUACAUAAUUUUACUAAAACACAAAGAAACAAAUGAUGGUGAAAUCCUCAUCCAAAUCUCUCAUGUAAUAGACAGUAUAGCUGUAUACAACAGACUGGUCAACGACUGCUGGGGACUGGACAGGAUCUUCGAUGGUCACAGGAGACCGAACAGGCUCGAAAGUCACUGGGGGCAGGAUGGACUCAUUGACUGCCUCAGGGAACUGGACAGGCUCAAUGAGUACAGAGAACUGGUCAGGCUCAAUGAGUACAUUGAACUGGGCAGGCUCGUGGACAGCCUCGGGGAACUAGACAGGGUCAUUGACAGCCUCAGGGAACAAGACAGGCUUGUCAACAGCCUCUGGGAACUGGACAGGAUGGAGCCAUUCUUUGCACUCAUGCAUCUAGUAAUGACCAUCAUUACUAUUACCAGAGCAAAUGAAACUGCUUGUACUCUGCGAGCAGAGCCUGCAUACCCUCCGUUAUGGAAAGAUGGAGACAUCAUACUUGGAGGAGUUUUCUCCUUCCAUAGCAGCUGGGAAGUCAGACAACUAACAUAUUCAGUUAUGCCUCCUCCUCUGAAGUGUAUCAGCCUUAAUUUCAGAGACUUCCAAUAUGCACAGUCCAUGCUCUUUGCGAUAGAAGAAAUCAAUAACAGUUCCACUUUGCUGCCGGGGGUCCAACUGGGCUAUAGGAUCUAUGACACAUGUGGUUCGAUGGCAAUGGCUGUUAGAGUGACUAUGGCUCUUGCUAACGGGUAUGAGAACACAACCUCCGAAGGGCCCUGUACAAAGCAAGCCUAUGUGCAAGCCAUUCUAGGAGACACAACCUCAUCGGCAUGCAUAGCGAUGGCAAAAAGUAUUGGACCAUUCAACCUUCCAAUGAUCAGUCACUAUGCUACUUGUGAGUGUCUCAGUGACAAAACCAAGUAUCCUUCAUUUCUUCGAACUAUUGCAAGUGACCACUACCAGAGCAGAGCACUGGCAGAACUGGUCAGACACUUUGGCUGGACCUGGGUGGGAGCAAUAAGAACUGAUGACGAUUAUGGUAACAGUGGGAUGGCCACUUUCACUAAGGUGGCAGAGCAGAUGGGUAUCUGUUUGGAAUAUUCUCUUCCGUUUUUCAGAACCUACCCUGAAGACAAAGUAAUGAGAAUAAUUGAGCAGAUAAAAAGCUCUACUUCUCGAGUGAUUGUGGGAUUUCUUGUGCACUGGGACUUGGAGGCUCUACUGCAUAAAUUUGUUGAAUACAACAUCACAGGAUACCAGUGGGUAGGUACAGAAAGCUGGAUCUCUGAUUCAGUAAUUGCCAGUAUGGAUAAGCACCACAUUCUACAAGGGGCCAUUGGGCUGGCUAUACCCAAAACACAGGUGACAGGCCUAAAGGAGUUCAUUAUAGACAUUAAGCCACUAAAGUCUUCAGGCACUGCCAUAUUUACUGAGCUCUGGAAAGAACUGUUUCAGUGUCAAUACACCACCAAAAAUUAUUCAACAUCCACAACCGCAUGUACAGGCAAUGAGGAGCUGUCUCAGAUGCAAAACACAUUCACAGACAUGUCACUCAUGCCUAUCUUCAGUAAUGUGUACAAAGGAGUGUAUGCUAUUGCUCAUACACUUCAUGAUCUUCUGGGCUGCAAGGAAAAAUGUGCCACAAAGAAACAGCCUGAUCCUUCAACAUUUCUGAAGCACCUGAGAAGGGUUCAUUUCAAUACCAAAGAUGGCGAGGAGGUUUAUUUCGAUAAGAAUGGUGAAGUAGUGGCAAAAUAUGAGAUAAUAAAUUGGCAACCAAGUAAAAAACAACAUGAUGAAUUUGUCACUCUCGGCCUUUAUGAUGCCUCUCUUCCUGUAAAAGAUCGUUUGGCAUUGAAUAUGGCUUCAAUUGUAUGGGCAAAUAAUACCACAAAGGUACCUGUGUCUGUUUGCAGUGAGAGCUGUCCUCCUGGCACUAGGAAGGCUGUGAAGAAAGGAAAGCCAAUAUGUUGUUAUGACUGUAUACCAUGUACAGCAGGAGAGAUCAGUAACAUGACAGGUAAAAGUAACAAACUACUGAAUCUGUCUAAUCUUUAUUUGUGGUACAUUUGUUAUUAUUAUUAUUAUUAUUAUUAUUAUUAUUAUUUUCUAAUAACAGAUUCUAUAACAUGUCUGCGGUGCAAUCAAGACUUCUGGUCAAAUCAGAAAAAGGAUGGAUGUGUUGAGAAGGAAACUGAAUUUUUGUCUUAUAAGGAGAUCAUGGGAAUUUUGCUCAUGACCAUUUCAAUUAUUGGUGCAUUUAUAACAGUGUUAACUGCAUUCAUAUUCUUUAGAUAUAAAAAUACCCCAAUAGUUAAAGCUAAUAACUCAGAGCUGAGCUUUCUGCUACUGUUUUCACUGAUGUUGUGUUUUCUCUGUUCACUUACUUUUGUUAGUCAGCCUUCUGAAUGGUCCUGUAUGUUGCGUCACACAGCGUUUGGGAUCACUUUUGUCCUCUGUAUCUCCUGUGUGCUGGGGAAAACAAUAGUGGUGUUAAUUGCCUUCAGGAGUACAAUUCCAGGCAGUAAUGUCAUAAAAUGGUUUGGGCCUCCUCAACAGAGACUCAGUGUUCUUGGUUUUACUCUCAUACAAGUGCUUAUUUGUGUGGUUUGGUUAACAAAAUCUCCGCCUUUUCCUUUUAAAAAUCUAAAUUACUUCAAAGAAAAGAUCAUAUUAGAGUGUGAUGUAGGUUCACCAAUAGGUUUCUGGGCUGUUCUAGGUUAUAUAGGAUUCCUUGCUCUCUUGUGCUUCAUUCUGGCUUUUCUGGCACGGAAGUUGCCUGAUAACUUCAAUGAAGCCAAAUUCAUCACAUUCAGUAUGCUCAUAUUUUGUGCAGUUUGGAUUGCCUUUAUUCCAGCUUAUGUCAGCUCUCCUGGAAAGUUUACUGUGGCUGUGGAGAUAUUUGCUAUUUUAGCCUCUAGUUUUGGGUUGCUAUUCUGCAUCUUUCUUCCAAAAUGCUAUAUGAUUUUAUUUAAGCCAGAGAAGAAUUCCAAGAAGCAUAUGAUGGGCAACACAUGA